AGGGAGAGAAAGAGAAGGGAGGGAGAGAGAAAGAAGCUCGGUACGGUGCGCCGCGAAAACGCGUUGUGUGUUACAUUACGAGACGUGCCCGCUGCCGCCACCGUAGAGUAGUAGUAACGUCUCUCCUCUCGAGCGGCGUAUUGCAUUAAACUCGCGCGCGCUUAGCUCGUUCUUUCGUAUAGGCACGCGGUGGUAAACUGCUGCUACUGCUACUACUACUACUAUUACACUAUUACUCUCUCUCUGUGUGUCCACACGGUGGCUAGAAACGUCUCCACCCACCGUUUUUUCCCCACGCCUGCGAUCAGUCCGGUGCACCGAGUACGCGUCUCUCUCGUAUGAGCACCGGGGGCGGCGGUACGGAAGAGAAAAGCCGCCGCCACCGCACCAUUGCUGCUAUCGUUAUCGUCAUCAUCAACGUCGCUAAUACUACGAUCAUCUUCGCCGUAUCAUUAUCAUUGUCGUCGUCGUCGUCGUCGUCGUCGUCGUCGUCGUUGUCGUCUUCGUUUUCGUCAUCGUCGUCGUCAUCGUUGUUCGCCGUUGUUCACCGUUGUCCAUCGGCUGUUUUUUUUCUUCGUUCGCGCCUUUCGCGCGCGCUCUUCGGAUACGGAACGGACAAGAGAGAAGGGAGCACGCGAGAGAGAAAGAGAGAAGGAGAACGAGAGAGAGAAAGGCCACCGGCCGACACUCCGGGGCCAGGACAAGACGACCCGAUGUUGUCGGGAACGGGUCGCGACCCCGUGUCGACCCGUGGUCGUCCUCGUCGUCCCACUACCACUGUCCUCGUCCUCGUCGACAGCAUCAUCAUUGCUACCGAUCAUCACCUACGCUAUCGUCGUCGUCGUCAGCUCUUCGGCUUUGCACCAGCAAGAGCAACCGCGAUAGCAGCAGCAGUAGCAACACCAACACCACCACCGCCACCGCCACCAGCACCAGCACCUACAACAGACAUCGUCACGACACCAGGACGUUCGUCGUCGCGUAAAUGUGCUCCCAUGCGCGCCCAUCCAAACCUCCUUUUUACUCUACCCUGCUAUCCGGUGCCCCUACGUGCCGCCCUGUUGUAAUUCCGGAGAGCACCCUGAUUAGCACGCCAGAGAGCCGCUUACACCGUCGUCGUAUCCGUGAUCAUGGCCAAGAUCCUCGACAAGGACCCCGUCACCUACGAGAGGGAGAGGGAAAACUUCAUGAAGGACCUCCGGCAUUUCCACGAAACCAGAGGGACGCCAUUUCGGAAGUCUCCGAAAAUCAGUGGGAAGGAGAUAGAUCUGUAUUUGUUGUACGUCGUCGUUACCGCCCGUGGUGGAUGGAUAAAGGUGAAUACCAGAAAUGAAUGGGCUUCGCUAUGCGAACAAUUUCAUCUGCCGAACGGCUGCGUCAACAGUGGAAUCGGUCUCAAACAAAUAUACCUUCGAUAUUUAGACAGGUACGAAAAGGUUCAUUUCUUAGGAGAAGAUGGACAGCAAGCGGACGAUGAAGACGAAGAUUCCAGACAUCGGAAAUGGUCUGCUAGGGCAUUACAUUCGGUUCCUCUUACUUAUAAUCAUCAUCAACAUAAUGUUGCAGAAUCUCUUCGCGAUUACAAUGGUCUUUCGUCCGAUCUUUACAAACCAUCCAACUACGACAAAUUGGCAUUGUCGCUUCUUUCGCCUCUUCCAAACGAACAAGACUUCGCGAUCAAUGUUUGCACGCUUUUGUCAAACGAAGGGAAACAUACGUUACGUCUCGAUAAGUAUCCACGUUUGGUGAACAUCCUGCUUGCGCACGCUGGCGUUUUCGAUUCGCCUGGUACGCGACAACUUUUCAUCGAGGUUUAUUCUCGUGUGAGGAACUAUUCUAUCAAUUCGUUUUGGUCGGACGUACUCGAUUCGCAAGACGUGAUAGACCUUACGAACGAGAAAACCUUUAUGAAGAAGCCAUCGACGAGCUUACACACGUUCUCCAGGCGGAAAACGUUAGAGAAAGAGAAGCAAAAUAAAGUGACGGUAACGGUCCAAGACAACGAGGAAACGGUCACGUCGAUGGAUGUGGAUGGGGUGCUUCCAGACUGUUCACGUCUAGAUCCUAUUGGUUCUCAUCAAGAUGAGAAUUUUAAAGAUCAGAAUCAAAAUUCGAUAAAGUUUGAAGAAGAGGAUAAAGACUUGUUUUGCGUCGGUAGAACGUUAGGCACGCAGGAUCCGUACGGUCAACGCGUGUUACAGAUAGCGUCUAUCUUACGAAAUCUCAGUUUCACUCCGGAGAAUGCCGCGGUGCUAAGCAGGAAUCGAUGUUUUUUGAGAUUCGUAUUGUUAUGUAUAAGAGCAAGAUGGAGUAACUUGCAUCAACUUGGUUUCGAUAUACUAGGAAAUAUAGCAAACGAAAUCGUUUUAAAAGAAGCUGGCGAAAGGAUAACAGACGUUGUUCUGUCUUGUGUGGCAAAAGGUAUCGAGUCGCAAGACAGAUUUAUCGUUAUAUCCUGUUUGGAGGUGCUUAAUAAGAUCAGUCAACAGGAUAGUAACGAGGAAAUCGUUACGUUUGGUUUGGAAGAUAGCGUGUAUGAACUUAUUUGCAGGUUUUUAGCUCUAAGUGAUAUAGCUCUUUUAGUUUAUACUUUGGAGUGUUUGUACGCUUUAACGUCGUUGGGCGAAAGACCGUGUACUAGUGUCGCGCGGGUACGUGGAGCUAUCGAUACAUUGGUCGCGCUUGUCACCGUCGAAGCACAGAGUUAUGGUCCAAAAGCUUGCAUUUUGAUGAGAGUGGUAGAAACUGUAUCUACUAUACCCACACCUUCGAAUACGUCUCAGAAUACUCCUGUUGCUGCUGCUGCCACUACUCCGGUUGCGUCAGCAACAUCAUCACCCGUGCCAGCUACUCCAGCUACGAUUACCGCUACGUCGGCUCCAGUUAGUCCAGCAUCUUCUAGACCUAAUACACCUGCGUCUUCAAGCAAAUCUACAACGCACAAAGCAGUAGAGACAGCUAAUGCGCUUCAACAACAACACGCGCAUCAACAAAUCAUUCAGGAGAACGAGCAAUUCGCUUUAGGAUGGUUAAGAGCUACCUUCGAGCUUGCACCAGGCAUACGUAUAGAACAAGAGGAACUUUACAAGAAAUAUCUCGGGUGUUGUACGAAGAUCGGCAGGAGAGGAGUAAUCGCGCCACUUCAUUUUCCCAGAUGUGUUAGGUCAGUGUUCGGGGGAACUAUUGGUCCAAAUCCACUCAAAGGAGAAUCAACUGGUACUCAGUAUUACGAAGGAAUCCGUGUACGGGCUACACCAGGCCAAGUAACUUAUCCGAGCCAAACUGUAAUUGCGACUAAUACAGCUCCGAUACCAGCGGUCAACACAACUCCAGUAAAGGUGCUUCCCGUACAACAGCGUACAAUCAAGAAUAUAAGUCCUGCUCCCGAUAGCACGGCCCUAGACAAUCCUGCAUCUGGAGUUCACAGAACUCCAGCCCCUGCAUCUCCCAUUCUAAAAGCCCAGUUGUCUGCCCCCCCAAAACCACCUUCUUCCAGUACGUCAAAUCAAUCCCAAAAUCCAGUCACCAAGGUUGAUUCUAAAAGUCAGGUAUCAGUAUCUCACCCCCAUCUGAGUCAAGCAUUGCUGGCCAGUGGAUCCCAAAAUCAACAGCAGCAGCAGCAACACUCCCAAUCUGUCCAAGUAGUAACAAAAGAAGAUAACCGAAGUAGUACUACAUCCAGUUCUAUAAUAAAAAGCCUUUUGGCUACCAAGGUAACAGCCAGCAGUGACUGCAUGUCCAGUGCUGCUGCAACUUGUGUGUCUACCCUUACUGCCUGUGUAACAAACACUACCACUAGCAUCGCAUCCAGCAUCAGUGCCAACCAGCUAAUAACAAGCAACCAGGUUGCACAACGUCAACAGCAGCAAAGGUUACUGCAACAACAGUUAACAGGCGUGAUACAACCCGCAGCUCCUGCAGCUACCCCAGCAACAAUACUUCCUAAAGCUUCUGUGAACUCUAAACAAAAACCAGUGAUUACAGCUAUUCCUGCCAAAAAAAUACAGAGACUUAAUGGAGCUAAAUAUGUUUUGACUAACAAUUGUGAGAAGACUGAAGUAAAUGAUGUAAAUGAAAGUCUCAACCAAAUCGUAACAUCAACUACAGUAAUUUUGAAUUCAACUGAGAAUCACAUAUCCUCGAUUGUAAAGGUUUGUCAACCACCGAUCUCCACCACAAUUGGUACAAACAAGUCCAACCAACGAAGUAUGUGUACUUCGAUUGCUGAAGAUUCUGAUUCAACGAACAAUUCUUUGGCUUCUAGUAGUGGCAUAGGUGGUAGUAGAGAUUUUUCCUGUGUUGGUGCUGAAGAAGAUAAUUCUUUAACGAGUUUUGAAGGAAUACUUUUAAAUGGUGUACCAACUAACAUAGAUAUUAAUGUUCAAGAUGAUGGAUCAUCCAAAGAUUCAUCUAGCAUAAGUUCAAAGGAAAAACCGUUGCAAAGUAUGAUGUUGGCCGAUUUAUUGGAAAGGAAGGUAGAUAAAGAGCCUAUUUUAAAUGGAGUUCUUGGAAAGAAUUCAAUCAACGAAAAAGGAAUGGAUUUGGUUGAAAAUCAUAUUAAAAAGGUAUUAAAAGAAUCUCCGACUGAUAUUAAAAUAAAAAAUGAUAUAACAGAAAGUAAUACAAUGCAGACAGAAGUAUCCGAAGAUACGUUAAUUGAAGCUCCUAGAGGAAUAAAAAGAGCAGCUAGUGAAUCUGAUGAGAUGGAUGCAAAGAAACCAAAAUAUUCUAAUGGCACUACGUCGCCUGAUCCUGCUGUUGAUUCAACAACCGCUGAAUCUACUGUAUCCAGUAUAAAAUCGGAAGAACAAGAAGAUGACAAAGACAGUGAAAAAGCAACAGUUUCAUCUACUGCUGCAAAUCUUUACGCAGCUCUUGCUGCUGAUUGCAUAGAAGAUGAAACUGAUCUCGAUGAACAAGUGAACGUUAACAAGGAAGAACCUUCUUCAAUCGUGAAACAAACGCCUCGCAUAUUUAUUAGACAAAUUAGUCAGCAACAACACCAACAGCAACAGCAGCAGAAGCUGCAGCAGCAGCAGCAACAGCAACAGCAACAGCAACAACAACAACAACCACAAUCACAGCAACAUCAACAGCAGCAUCAACAGCAGCAUCAACAACAAUUGAUAGUAGCGACUCCACGACAAAUAGUUGUUCAGCAAACGAUUCAAUCAAAUAAUCAGGUUAUAAUUCCUGCUACGUCCGUUAAAGGAAGACAAGCGCAAACACAGCCACAAGUUCUGUUACAACAAAGUGCGGGAGGGCAGCUGCAAUAUGUCGUAUCUGGUGGUGUUCCUGGACAAAACUAUGUGUUGGCUCAACCACAAACAGCUUUAGUACAAGGGCAAGCACAGACAGUUCUCGUUGCUCAAACAACCCAACAACAAGGCACUGGCACAAAAACUAUUAUAAUUUUACAGCCACAAGCUGCGCCUCAACCAACACCACAAAAAAUGGUAGCUGUUACACCUCAAGGACAACAAGUUGUUGUAACUCAGGUUCCACGUCCUAUUUUACAAAGUCCAGCUCUUGGAAAUAUUCCUCCUCCGUUGGUACCUACGUCAGCCACAAUUCCACAGACUUCCAUAAUAGUUAAUAGUUCUGUAGCACAAACUAAUCCAAAUACUGUAACUGUUACGAUACCUGCGAUGGCUCAACAGAAUCCAGUGUCUGCUAGUGUACCAUCGAGGGUCGUAACACCAACUCCUGCUUCGACUCCACCACCUACAAGACCAACUACGCCUCACCAAGCAGCAGCGACACAUGGACAUUCAGUUAAACCAACAAUAAAGGCUAUAAAAACUGUAAGUUCUUCGACUUCAACAGAGCCAGAAUCGAAACCUUCUACGAGUCAACUUCCAUCUGAGAAUAAAACUAUCACUAUUAAAAUUGAUCCUAACGCAUAUCUGUGUGAAUGGCGAGGUUGUCUAAGGCAAUUUAAAACUCCCCAUGAAGUUUUUCUUCAUGUGUGUGAAAUUCAUUGUCCAACUGGCGGAGAAGAAAUAUUGUGCUUAUGGGGCAGUUGCGAUGCUUUAAAGAGACGUCGAUUCUCUUUAAUGACGCAUUUAUUCGAUAGGCACUGUAAUUCUGAUGCAAUGACUCUUAGAAGAAAACAAUUAACAGUGACUGGAAAAACUGAAGUAUCUACGUCCACUCCCUCAACGCCUCAUCACCCUGGAUAUGCACCGAAUGCAGCAUUCCAUGCCAUUAAAAGACAUGCUUUGGAAUUCGUGAAUCCUAAGGAAUUGAUGCAGAGGCCAACCAAGCCCGCUGCAGCCACUUCAAGCUCUUCUUCUCCCAGACCUGGGCAAAACCCUCCACCAGAACAGGAUGACAACGAAGGUCCAGUGACCAAAAGUAUUCGCCUGACGGCAGCUCUUAUUCUCAGAAACCUAGUCAUAUACUCAACACAUGGUAGAAGGCAUCUUAGAGCAUAUGAACCUCAUUUGGCAGGUGUGGCAUUAAGUAAUGUUGAAUCAUCAAGAACGAUCGCACAAGUUUUAUACGAUAUGAAUGAUCAGAGCAGUAGUAGUCAUAGGUGACCUCUUGAUGCAGGCCUCUAAGCUCUUAAACUUUCCGAGGAGCGAUUGACUUGGUUAUUUCAAAUUCAGCUGGUAAAGGUAAACAGUGGAGUUAUAAGGUAGUAUGGAUUUUUGAGAAAUUUCGGAUUGUGUCUUUGUGUAUAAAAUCUGAAAAGAAACUGAAAGAAGACAUAGCGAUGUUCCAUAUAUAAAGAGGCCUAUAAACUUACUAGGCAAGUCAGUUUGCCAAUUUAGACCACAAUACAAACUGUAACUAGUGACAUGAAACAAAGACAGUAGUUGAAGUGAUGCAGAACAGUGAUAAUGAACGAAAUAAUAUUUCAGAUUUAAUAUUAAUAUUUAUUUUCUCAACAAGAAGCGACGAAUGUUUUUAGUAAACGUGUACAAAAACGGCGAAGAAAAUACUUUAUGGACGUUAUAGUUAAUUGUAAUCAAUAUUAUACAAUUAUUAAUUAA